AUGGGUUCGGUCAUGCUUCGAAUUGCUCUUAAGUUACUCAUAAUUUUAUGGUUAAAGAAGCCUGGUUUUACUACAGCAAGCUCCGUUUGUUACGUCUUUCAUGGUGAGGAAGCAAUUGAUCCUAACCAGACGUUGGUCUAUCAAUCGCUAUGGUGUUAUCAGCAAAUAUACGACGCACAAGUCGGCAGGAAAGUAGAUUUACAGUUAUUGUUAAUACUUAGUGGCGAUGUUGAACUGUGCCCUGGCCCAGAAUGCGGGGAUUGCCUGAAUAUCAACCCAGAAUUAGAAUGUUUGAUCAAACAGAGGGGUUUGAAGUGUUUUCAUUUAAAUGUACGGGGUCUGUGGAGCAAUUUAUGUCAUGUUACUGAGCUUUUAACUGCACACACGGAUAUUGGUAUUUUCACGCUCAGUGAAACACAUAUACAAGACGAACCCGAUGAACUAUACGUUAUAAACGGCUAUUCAUUUAUUAGUCUUCCACGUUCUAAUGGUUUAGGAGGAGGUGUUGCGGUGUAUAUUUCUGAGCAAAUAAACUGGACGAGGAGAUAUGACUUGGAAUCUGAACUCGAAUGUAUUUGGUUAGAGACUUUCCCAUACAAAACAAAAAGCUUCUUAAUCUGUUCUAUGUACCGACCUCCAGACACUUCCUCCUAUACUCAUGCAAAUUUCAAGAACCUAUUUGCAGGUAUGUUGGAUUUGGCAACCGCAAACUUGAAAGAAGUAAUCGUCAUGGGGGAUUUGAAUGUCAAUUAUCAUAGAAAUGAGGAUAAUACUGAGAUAAAAUCCAUUAUUUCGGUAAAUGGCUUUAAACAAAUAGUAAAAGAAGCAACUCGUACUACGGAAAAUACCGCCACAUUAAUUGACAUUAUCAUAACUAACAACCCAUCAGUUAUUGCGUGUACAAAAGUUGUUCCGAUAGCCUUCAGUGACCAUGACUUGAUUGGCUGUGUAAGAAAACAACACCAUUUAAAAUAUGUACCGAAAGUUAUUAAUUGCCGAAAUACGAAGAAUUAUAGCAAGGAACUGAUGUGUGACGAAUUAUUUAAACAAGAUUGGACUCCUGUUUAUGAGUCAACUGAUGUUAAUUACGCCUGGACAUGCAUGAAAGAUAUUAUUUCAUCGUGUUUUGACAAGCUAGCACCUAUCAUAAAGAAACGUAUCCGUGGAAAACCAUCUCCGUGGUUAACUGAUGAGAUAAAAAAGGCAAUGAACACUCGUGACAUAUUAUUACGUAAGUCAAGGAAAACAAAGUUUGAAUCUGAUAUAAUUGCAUAUAGGAAAAAGCGUAAUGAGGUGAACUCGUUAUUGAAUAAAGCAAAGCAGGCUUAUUAUAAGGAUUUGCUGAAUGAAACGUCAAACAACUUGGACAGUUUUUGGAGUGUCAUUAAGAAGCUAUACCCAAACAAUCCUAGCAAAUCUUCUCCGCCAAUGUUUAAAAUAGGCUCAAUUAACACGUCCGAUCCCUUAACAAUAUCAAACGGCUUUUGUUCGUAUUUCAGCACAAUUGUAACAUCCCUUAA